CACCCCGAAAAGAGGCUGUGGCCAUGAGAGGAAGGGGUGGGCAAGGGUUGAUGAUUCCUGCUGAAGAGCUGAUAGAUCUUCUGAUUCAGAAGAACCACAGAGCAGGCGACAUGAGAGAACUCCCUGAGACACAGACAAGGAAACAGAGGCAUCUGAGAACCAAGGGACUUGCCUGAGAUCACACUCCAUUUCCUGAUCUGGUGGAGGAAAGUCAGGCAGACACACGCAGACAGGCACCAACUGGGAGACCAGAACUUCUAGCUGGCUCUCUGCUGCCACAGCUCCAGCAGAGGGUGGGGAGGAACAGAGAAGUGCCCCAGAGUCCAGAGGAGAGGCAGGUGUGUGCAGUUCCCUUCCUGCAGGUACAUCACCUGGAUCAUGAGGGUAUCCUUCUUCUGGCUCCUCCCACUUCUCCUCAUCUUGGCCUCGGUGGCCCAAGGCCAGCGGACAAGACCUGGGACUAGGCGUAAACCCAAGCCAAGGCCCACACCCAGCUUUCCUCAGGCCCCCGAGCCAGCAGAGCCUACAGACCUGCCUCCACCUCUUCCUCCCGGCCCUCCAUCUGUCUUCCCUGACUGUCCACGGGAAUGCUACUGUCCCCCUGACUUCCCAUCAGCCCUCUACUGUGACAGCCGAAACCUUCGCAAGGUCCCCGUCAUCCCACCCCGAAUCCAUUACCUUUACCUGCAGAACAACUUCAUCACUGAGCUCCCUCUGGAAUCUUUCAAGAAUGCCACAGGCCUGAGGUGGAUCAACCUGGACAACAACCGAAUUCGCAAGGUGGACCAGAGAGUGCUGGAGAAGCUCCCCAGCCUAGUAUUCCUCUACAUGGAGAAAAACCAGCUGGAAGAGGUGCCAUCGGCUCUGCCCCGGAACCUGGAGCAGCUGAGGCUCAGCCAGAACCUCAUUUCCAGGAUCCCGCCUGGAGUGUUCAGCAAACUCGAGAACCUGCUGCUCUUGGAUCUGCAGCACAAUCGGCUGAGCGACGGCGUCUUCAAGGCCGACACCUUCCAGGGCCUCAAGAACCUCAUGCAGCUCAAUCUGGCCCACAACAUCCUGAGAAAGAUGCCCCCUAAGGUCCCCCCGGCCAUUCACCAGCUCUACCUGGACAGUAACAAGAUCGAGACCAUCCCCAACGGAUACUUCAAGGACUUCCCCAACCUGGCCUUCAUCCGCAUGAACUACAACAAGCUGUCAGAUCGAGGGCUCCCCAAGAACUCCUUCAACAUCUCCAACUUGCUGGUGCUCCACCUGUCUCACAACAAGAUCAGCAACGUGCCGGCCAUCAGCAACAAGCUGGAACACCUGUACCUCAACAACAAUAGCAUAGAGAAAAUCAACGGGACCCAGAUUUGCCCCAACAACCUAGUGGCCUUCCAUGACUUCUCCUCGGAUCUGGAAAACGUGCCACACCUGCGCUACCUGCGGCUGGACGGGAAUUUCCUGAAGCCACCCAUCCCGCUGGACCUCAUGAUGUGCUUCCGUCUCCUGCAGUCCGUGGUCAUCUAGGCUGUGCCCAGAGCUGGACCUCCUCUGACAGCACUUGAAGGCUGGUGGCCCAAGCUCUGGGGUCCACUGUGUUGAUCUGUCUCCCUCUCCUGCUCCCGAGCCCUGCCUUUCCUGUCUUCCCUUCAUGAGGAUGAUAAAUACCAUAUAACCUGCUCCGGUUCUAAAGCAAGACUCCCCACCCAGCGCAAAGACACCCUGCCAGCCCAAACCUCUGGUCUUCUUUGGUCUCCCUUUGCUUCAGAAAAACAUAGGUGUAUGCCAACAGACACAUCCCCUCCCCUCCCCCACUCCACGAGUCUCUCCUGGGUAAGGCUGGGCCAUGGACUGACAGACACCUUCUUUUAGUCUUAGCCGAGUAAGAAGCAGAAGCCAUUCCAGAGGUGAACCCUGGAAAGUUCCACUGAGAACUCCAUUUGGGCAACUCUGUCUCAAGAAGGCCGACCAAUCCAGGCCUCCUAGGCCCGCCAUCCCUUCCAAAGCUGUUGCUCUGCCACUGUGUCCUGACACCAGACAGAUGGCACCCUGCUCUCUGCUGUCUUCAGAAAGGAAGUGUGGGGGAAUGACUAAGGUUGGGUGGAAGGUCAAUGUUCCCUACAAGUUCCAGCCCCUCCUCCUCCUCCAUUCUCCCUCCUUUGGGGCACACACAGUACAUGCCCUCUUGGCUGGGCCUCAGAGAGGAAUAGCCAGGGGCAAAGUGGUUCAAGGAACUAGACUUUAGCUAAUAGGUGGGUAGCUGCGGGGUCAGAGCCCAAAACUGGGCCUGUGCGGAUGUAGUAGACAAGCCCUGUAAUCUCCCUUAUCCAAACUUGACAAGAGGCUCUAAGCUCUGGAGGACAGUGUUCACAGUGGAGGGCCAAGAGGCAUCGUCCCGGAUUCGUCUGCUCUCUAUUACGUGCAGGACUCAGUUAGUCAUCCCACCCCAAAGGCAGCAUUCUUGAGAAACCGAGGAAGAGGUGGAGCACCUGGAAAUCUCCCAGAAGCAUCUUCCAUACUGGGGAUUAGCCUCUACCACGAAGGCUGACUCAUCAGCGACAUCUGGUGGCUGGUGGGGUGAUAUUACAAUUCCCUGAUUCUCUAGGGGGAAGAGAGGGCCAUGGGGUCACUGGCUUUCUCCUACUGGGUCUCCUAGAGGCUGGGGGUUCAUUCCCAUCAGGAGGGAUUGCGAAUGGGAAGUCUUUGAGAGUCUAAGGGAAGCUAGUUUGACAGAGGCCUUGUCAGCUCUCUUUUGCUCUCAACUUCCACAUCUGUAAACUGAGGCAGUAGGUCAGAUGCUCCUCCAAGGUCCUCUCAGAGCUCCUGUUUCACGUCCACGCACCCUCUUCUAGAGCACACCUAAUGCAGGACAAGUGGUAUCGCCCACCCACCUUCCCUUUGCAGUAAUUUAUUCCCUGCAGAGUGUCCCUCCCCCACCCACCCUCCUUUCCCAGCCCAGGUGAGCAGCUUGGCAGGUUUCCAAGAACCUGGGUUUCCUGCUUUUCCCUUCCCUUCUCCUCCCCCUAGGGAAGGCUGCCUUUGCCAUGCCACAGUUCCCUGGGUGGAGGAGGAGGAGGAGAUGGAGGAGGAGGAGAUGGAAAUGAGUGUUCUAGAAGGGAGUGAAGCACAGGACCCAUCCUCCUUAGGCUGCGGAAGGCUCUGGAGGCUUUUCAUCUCCCCAAGGAUAGUGUCACACAACUGUUUUAAGACAUUGGAUUAGGCUGGGUCUUCUAGUCCAGAAACCCCAUUUAUAUUCUCAGUCACCUUUCUCGUCAUUGAAAAUAGCGCUCACUUCACACAGCCUCUUCUCCCUGCUGUCCAGCUUCCUCAUCCGUCCUAGUUGCAGCUGGUUUCUCCAAGGCUCCUGCUUAAAGUCAAUGUAUUACUAUGGCUGAAAGCAACCCGGUGCUACGGCCUGGACAAGCCCCUUCUGCACCUCUGACAACCUCCACCCCUUUCAGGAGGCCCACGGGGAUCAUAGCUCCUGUGGCUGCUAGGGAUAGAGGUGGGCACUGAUCCUGCAAACCGGAACUGGCAUCCCUCCAUCAGCAUCCCAUUAUCCAACCUGGACCACGCCAGCUUCCUCCACUGCUCUCUGCAGCCAUCAGCUAGAGGGACAAGAGUUUAACUGACUUUACAGGAAACACACAUGCACAGUGCCGGUCACCUUGGGGUUUAGAAAUCCCCUCCUCACACAAGUUUAUUCAAUCAGUGGCAUUAGCAUUUAUACAUGCAGGUGUGUGUGUGUGUGUGUGUGUGUGUGUGUGCGCGCGCGCUCGAGCUCUCACCCUGUACAUCUUAUCUAUUCUCCAAAAGGCCAUAUAAACUCUGAUACAGCUCCACAUUUCAACAAGCUUCACUGCAGAGGAAAUAAAGUCAUAUGGAAAACACCCAGCAUGAACCUGA